CAUUGUUCGACCGCGGCUCCUCUCUCCAGCCUCUCAAUGGCAGACAAUCCCGUCGCCUUCGCUUCUUUGCGUCGCUCAGUGACCCGGCUCUGAAGGAAGGGCGUGGUGUGCACUACAGCUCUCUAUGCUUUUUCAGAGGCAGAAGAGAAUGAACAUAUCCCAGGGGUCGGUGUCAUUUGAGGAUGUGUCUGUGGCCUUCACCCAGAAGGAGUGGCAGCUGCUGGACCCCAGCCAGAGGCGCCUGUACAGGGACAUGAUGCUGGAGAACUAUGGGCACCUAGAAGCACUGGGCCUGUGUGUCACGAAACCUGAGCUGAUAUGCAGGUUGGAACAAGGAGAAGAACCAUGGAUACUAAAGAGGGAAAUGCAAAGUUACAGCCACUGGGAAGCCCAGAGAGCCAGUAACAUGAAAAAAAGUGAAGAAAAUGAAGACAAAUAUUUGGUAAAAGCUUUAUUCAUCAAAAAUAAAACAGUAACUAAGGACAGAAGAAGUAAGACCUUAAAAGAAAUGGUUGAUUUGGCCACAGACCCCAUCCCCUCAAGAAAAGGAUCCCAUAAAUGUGACUCAUUUGGAGCAAGCUUAAAAAGUGUUUCAGAAUUAAUUAUUAAUAAUAGAAACCAUAUAAGGAAAAUGGCUGAUGAUUUCAACGGAUGUGAAUCUCUUGACUGUAAACAUGGAAACACUCAUAUAAGGAGUAAAGCGUGUGAAAAUGAUCAAAAAGAUAAAUCUCAUCAUCCUAAUGACUUCAUUCAAUAUCAAAAAAAAUUGUCUUUGGGACAGCUUCUUGAAUAUAAUAAUUGUGGGAAGGCCUUUCACAGGAAGAUAGUCUUUGCUACACAUGAGAGAGCUCUCACAAGAGAGAAACCCUCUGAAGGCAAUGAAUGUAGACGAGCCUUCAUCAGAAAGUUAAAGCUUACUUCUUGUCCAAGAACGCUUGGGGAAAGGAAGCCCCAGGAGUCCAGUAAAAGUGGGAAACCCUCACUUGGGAAGUCAAAACAAGUUCAUCAAAAUGUUAACAUAGGGGAGAAACACUAUGAAAAUAAUAUAUUUGGGAAAUCCUUGAGCAAGAGAUCAAACCUUACCCAACAUCAGAGAAUUUUCCCAGGAGAAAAAUCUGGUAAGUGUAGAAAAAAUGAUAAAUCCUUAAUGAAGUUGUACCACAUUGAAACUGAGAGAACCCACGCAAGAGAAAAGAUCUAUGACUGUAAACAAGUGGGGAAAUCCUUUCAUGAAAAGUCAUAUCUCACUCAACAUCGGAGAACUCCCGCAACAGAACCUAGCAAGGAUGGUGAUAGGGAAGGGGCCUUGAGUCAGAAAAUUAACACAAGAGAGAAAAACUCUAAAAGGAAUACAGGUGAGAAAACCUUUCUCAGGAAGUCAAAAUGUACUCAGCAACAGUGGACAAACUCAGGGAAAAGUCAUAAUGAGGGUGAGGGAAGUGGGAAGGCCUCAAGUAAGAAGUCACACUUCAUUGGAAAUCAGAAUACUCACAAAGAAGAGAGAGCCUAUGACUGUCAUAAAUGCGGAGAAUGCUUCUGUAGGAAAACAGACCUUAUGCAGCACCAGAGCAUGCACAAAGGGAAGAAGCGCUAUCAGUGCAAUGAAUGUGAGAAGUCCUUCUUUGUGAAGUCCAACCUCACAGAACAUCAGAGAACUCACACAGGAGAAAAGCCAUAUGAAUGUAAUGAAUGUGGGAAGUCCUUCUGCCAGAAAUCAGCCCUCACAGUACAUCAGAGAACUCACACAGGUGAGAAACCAUAUAAAUGCAAUGAAUGUGGGAAAACCUUCUGUGUGAAAUCAAACCUUACUCAACAUCAAAGGACCCACACAGGAGAGAAACCCUAUAAAUGUAACGAAUGCUGGAGAUCUUUCUGUGUGAAAUCUAACCUUGUGGUGCACCAGAGGACUCAUACAGGAGAAAAACCCUACAAAUGUCCUGAGUGUGGGAAAACCUUCUAUGAAAAGUCAGCCCUCACAAAACAUCAGAGAAUCCACACAGGAGAAAAACCCUAUGAAUGUAGUGAAUGUAAAAAAACCUUCAGCCAGAGGUCAGCUCUCACCAAACAUCAACGAAAAACACACAAGAAGAAAACUCCCAUCAACACUGCAUACAUACAGAAGCCUGUACCAACAGACCAAACUCAGUGAACACUGACAAUCAGAGAAACCUAAAUGUCAACACAAAUAGCAAAGUCUUCACUAAAGGUUUUAACUAAUAGGAGCUAGGGAACUAAUACAGGAAUGAAAAUGUGGAAUGCUUUAAACGUGAAUGCUUUCAACAAGUGUU